AUGACCGGACGACUUGAAAUCCUCGCCCUGCCUCUUACAGACAACGCUUUUCCGAUCGCCAACAAAGCCAUGUUCCAGUCGUUUACCGGGAGCUCUCGCCGGCCUCGCCAGGUGAAUCUCUCGGGCCGCAACAUCAACCCGUUCGCUGCAUCAAAUUCUGGUCGACAAACGCCUCAUGGUAAUGGGCCUCAAAAUGCGCUUGCUAUCGCUCAGCAGGAACGCCUACUCAGACAGCAGGAGAGGGCACGCCUCAGUGCCGCUCGUGUGCUGCAAAAGACAUGGCGGGGUCACCUGUGCAGGAGAGCCACUCGAGAGACAUGGAGACAAGAAUGGGACAUGGCCGAGCAGGGACGCACUGGAGUCACACUGCAAUUUGGAGACGGCCAGUUGAGCCAGGCCUCCACAGUUAUUCCGUACUCAGAUCUGAACCAGUGUCAGGCACAACUCAGGCUCCUUUUACGAUUCUUCGAAACGUCGAGCGAUUACGAUGCCUUCCGCCUUCUCUAUUUUUCCCGUACCUUGAGACGAACACUCGAGGAAGUUCCUGCAAUGCCAGCCGAAGGAGGAUGGACUGCGCUUCUGGCUCGGCUAGGAAGUAUAACAUUAAGGCUACUUCGGAAGCUAGCAUCUCGUAAUGACCAUCCUCGCCUUGCAGGAGAUCAUUUUUUGGGGCUACUUUGCUUUCUGAUAGAUCUUAUCCCAAGGCAAAUGGCUCAGCUUGCUGGUGAAUACUACACAGUCAUGGCGACCUUGACAGCCAAUAUCGAGCUGCUCGGUCCAAAGCUGAACUAUUCCUCUGGCGACAUUGUCAAAAGCACGUUGGCUCUACUCCAGCCGAUUACGGCAGACACUCUCGGUGCCUACGAAUGGUUUGCUCGAACUUACCUCACGAUACCGGACCUACAAAGUCACAUUGGCCAGCUGGACGCCCUAGCCUCCAAUAUCAAUUACAAACUCCUGGCAAAAGGUCUCGAUUCGUUCAUGCAAAACUUGACCGAUAAACAGUCGGCAGGCGAUGAGAUUGAAUCUCGCUUGUGGCUGUUAGCCUACUUCAUAUUCCUCCGUCGAUCUACACUUAGCGGGAGUUCCGACCAAGAGGCACCGGAGCCUGAAUUUGUUAAAGUGGUCUCAAGCCUUUUGAACUCAGUGGCUCUCUAUGUUUCACGCCGUUUGGAACCAGAUGACUCUUUCGAAUCAGAGGAAGAGCAAUACUCACCACUCCCACCAUUUGUUGAAAGCCAAAUCACUAGCCUCGUGAACCAAAAGAGUAUAACAGGGUUACUCUCCAGAGUAAAGCCCGGCUUGUUUGGCAAUGAAACUAGUGCUGCAGACCUAGACGCGUCCGAAGAUGCCAAAGCACUAGCUUCGUAUGCCUUGACACUUCUCAGAGUGUUUCCUCGCCGCGGAGACGAUAUACGGAUGUGGCUCUACUUGGGCUCGGCAACGUCGACGGAUUCAUCCGCACUAAGAGUCCCUGCAAUCAAAUUUUUCUGGACGAUAAGCAAAUCCACAGAGCUCUUUGCGAAAAUAAGCCAUGACUCAAACGCGGUCCUAUCCUUACUACAACCGAUAACAGGGGAAGACCCAAAACGCAGUCUACAGCGCGAGCAGAACUGGACAAUAAUUCUAUUGUUCCUUGAGUUGUACACAUUUUUGUUGAAGGUCAUGGAUGACGAAGAGUUCUUUUCUGGAGAUUCGCGCCCGACGGUAAUCGACAUGAAGGUUUCUUGGACUAGAGAAAGCGCGUUACUUUUGAAAGACGUACGAGACUUGACCGUGUUUCUGAAAAACCUUGCUUUUACACUCUACUGGAACGCAGCGGAUUUGAAUGAGUCGCAAGAUGUGCAAACCCCUUCUGGUAUCAAAAGCUAUUUCACGCCCCAUUCUCGUCAAGAACCAGUACCAACCGUUCGGGACGUGGAGCAGAGAAAUAAAGAAAAGGGCUUGCCCGGGGUUACGGGUAUUCCAUUGGAGUAUUUUAAGGGUCUGGUGACUGGGCUUCUAAGAAUGAUACACGAGCGCGAUUCCCGCCGUAAGUUCCUGCCAGAUGGUCAUUGGUUAAUGACUACUCGCUUCGAUAUGGAAGGCUUCAUUCCCGCCGUCGUUGCCGAAGAAGAAAACCGACACCAGCUCCAAGAAGAAGAGGAAGACCAACAAGAGGACAGCUAUAUGGAUGAUAUUACCGACCAGUCCCUUGGACUGAUUGGUACAGGUCGAGCUCAGCAAGCACGACGGAUAGAAGCAUUCAGGCGCCACCAGCACCAAGCGGCUCGUCGAAAGCAGAUGGAAGCGGUUGCGCCUCGACUCGAGAUCCUGAGAAAUAUGCCAUUCUUCAUUCCAUUUGCCACCCGUGUUCAAGUGUUCCGAGAAUUCAUCUAUCGGGACCAAAUGAGACGAAGACAAGGUUAUAUUGACCCUGAUUCCUGGCGCAUGUCUGUGUCUGCUGCCUCUAUGGGUCGUCUCAUGAACGGAGGUGCCCCAACACAGGAUGUCCUCAGUCGCCAUCAUGCUAACAUCCGACGUGAGAGUGUUUUUGAUGAUGCCUUUGAUCAGUUUUAUGAUCUUGGGGAAGGUCUCAAGGAGCCCAUUCAAAUUAGUUUCAUCGAUACGUUCGGCGCAGUGGAAGCUGGCAUUGAUGGAGGAGGAGUGACCAAGGAGUUUUUGACGAGUGUUACUAACGAAGCAUUUACGUCGUCAAAUGGCUUAGAUCUGUUCGUCGAGAAUGACCAGAAUCUCCUAUACCCAAACCCAACCUCUGUAGAGCAGCGCAAAGAAGUAUUACGGGGGAUGGGAGUCCAAGAGAGGACUCCUCAGUUUUCAGAUGGUGUUCGGGACCUCCUGAAGCGCUAUGAAUUUCUGGGCCGUGUGUUGGGGAAAUGUCUUUACGAAGGAAUUCUUGUCGACGUUCAUUUCGCCGGCUUUUUCCUUCUCAAAUGGGCGCUCACUGGAGGGUCAACGGCCGCUGGGAAGGAGUCUGCUUACAGGGCUAACUUGAAUGAUUUGAGAGAUCUGGACGAAAAGCUCUACGAAGGACUGCUUCUACUGAAAAACCACCCUGGAGAUGUUGAAGAUUUCUCUCUUAACUUUACCGUCACCGAUACGAUCCCCGUUCCAGGCGCUAAAGAUCGUAUUAUCACAAAGGAGUUGAAGCUUGAUGGCGCCAACAUUGCGGUCACCAACCAGAACCGCCUCGUCUAUAUAUCUUACAUCGCUCGCCACAGGCUCCAAAACCAACCGGCACUCCAAACAGCUGCCUUCCUCAAGGGGCUGGGUGAAAUAAUUCAGCCUUCGUGGCUAUCGAUGUUCAACCAAGCAGAAUUGCAAACGCUUGUCGGAGGGGAUGCAGGUGAGAUUGACGUGGCCGAUUUAAGACGGAACACAUUGUACGGUGGAAUAUACGUGAUAGGGGACGACAACGAAGAACACCCGACGAUCAAGCUGUUCUGGCAAGUCAUGGAAAGUGUGUCGAAUGAAGACCGUCAAAAGGUACUCAAGUUUGUGACAUCGACGCCUCGCGCGCCCUUGCUAGGGUUUAGCCAUCUUAACCCGCGCUUCUCCAUUCGGGAUUCCAGCGACGAUCAAGAACGGCUUCCAAGCACCAGCACGUGUGUUAAUCUCCUAAAGCUACCUCGCUAUUCGAGUGCGGAGGUUUUGCGGGAUAAACUCCUCUAUGCUGUCCACUCGGGGGCUGGCUUCGACCUGAGCUGA